CUGGAGCUCUUCCUGGAGUAGUGCCCGCCGUCGUCAGUGCGGUUGACCCCAUCUGGAGCGCGGAGGCCCCCCGGGGUCGCGAGGACGGCAUCAUGAUCUGGGAGCAGGAGUUUCUUUUCCUUCAGCUGUUGAGUCCAAGGCAACAGUAACAAGCUUCACUGGGGCAAGCCCCAAGACAGAGGGCUCAGCAUGUGAAGCCAUCAGUCUCCAAUGUUCGUGAGAACAUCAGGAACAAUCCAGCCUAAAGCAUCAAAAGGAAAAAGUACAGGACAGGAAAAAAAAAUCAUCCAUCCAUAUAGUAGAAAAGCAGCUCAAAUUAUGAGAGAGGCCCACAAACAAGAAAAAAAAGAAAAAUUAAAGAAUGAAAAGGCCUUGCGUCUCAACAUUAUCAGUGAAAAACUACAGUGGUUUCACAGUCAUCUUGAACCUAAAAAAGUAAAAUAUUCAAAGAAAGACGCUUGUGAAUUAAUUGAAAGGUAUUUAAAUCGAUUCAGUGAUGAACAGGAGCAGAUUGAGUUACAUAACAGCAUCAAAGACAGGCAGGGAAGGAAGCACCAUUCCCGGGAGACCGUCAUCAAACAGACGAUGGCACAUGAGCGGCAGCAGUAUGAAGGAUAUGGUUUUGAGAUUCCAGACAUUGUAAAUGCAAGUAAUCUGAAAACUUUUAGGGAAUGGGAUAUUGAUCUGAAGAAAUUGCCGAACAUUAAAAUGAGAAAAAUCUGUGCUAAUGAUGCAGUGCCCAAGAAGGGCAAGAGGAAAAAUAUUGCAACUGUAGAUAAAGAUUUAGGGGAAUUGCAACUAAAAAGUGAAACAGAUGACUCAGAUGAGGAAAUGACUGCAGUGGACUAAUUGUCUUUAUUUGAGUUUAAAUAAUUUAAGAGCUUCAAGUUAUACUCAUUGAAUACACAUAUAAUGUAUAUAUAUGGUCUAGAUACAGGAAUUUGCUAUUAGAACAUUCUCUUACAUGAAGAGAGUCCCAUUUGUAGUUUCAAAAAUGAUGUUAAUGGUUUUUAUUUAAAAACCAAAGUUGCUUUAUCAUUUACAUUACGAUGCUAAAGUGGAUAUGAAGUGAUCUGCAAAACCCAUUUAACCUGAAUUUCCAGGGGUGUGGAGUAUGACAUGAAUGGGGACAGAAAAUGUUUUAAUUUUUACCUCCUGUUUUGAUAACUGCCUAAUCUCAUUUUUGGGGCAUGGAGAGCAUUCUGUUUCUAAAAGGGUCCUGUGGAUACUUCUUGAACUGUGAUGAUGGCAAUGUUGCUUUCAGUAAUAGUGUCACAUUAAUCUUCUUAAAUAUUAAACCUAUUUUCUUUUGUUAUAAAAUAGGGAAAAAUGUGAUAUGGAAUUCAUAUAGGCUGAUGGAUUUUAUGUUAAUCGUAUUUGCUAUCU